CACAGUCAACAGGAGAAGAGCUCAGGUUGGCUUGGAAGCAGAAGGAGAUUUCCUCUCUGCCAGCCCAUCCAGACUUAAAAAUGAUCCAAUCUCUCUUGGUAACUAUAUGCUUAGCAGUUUUUCCAUAUCAAGGGACCUCUAUAAUCCUGGAAUCUGGGAAUGUUAAUGAUUAUGAAGUAGUGUAUCCACAAAAAGUCCAUGCAUUGCCCAAAGGAGAAGUUCAGAACGCUGAGCCAGAGACAAAGUAUGAAGAUACAAUGCAAUAUGAAUUUAAAGUGAAUGGAGAGCCAGUGGUCCUUCACCUAGAAAGAAAUAAAGGACUUUUUUCCAAAGAUUACACCGAGACUCAUUAUUCCCCUGAUGGCAGAGAAAUUACAACAAGCCCUCCAGUUGAGGAUCACUGCUAUUAUCAUGGACACCUCCAUAAUGAAGCUGACUCAACUGCAGUCGUCAGUGCAUGCAAUGGCUUGAAAGGACAUUUCAAGCAUCAAGGGGAGACAUACCUUAUUGAACCCUUGAAGCUUUCUGACAGUGAAGCCCAUGCAGUCUACAAAUAUGAAAAUAUAGAAAAGGAAGAUGAGAGCCCCAAAAUCUGUGGGGUAACCCAGACUACUUGGGAAUCAGAUGAGCCCAUCAAAAUGGCUUCCCAGUUAAGUGUUACUCCUGAAGAACAACGAAGAUACUUGCUGGCCCCAAAAUACAUUGAGGUUUUCAUAGUUGUGGACAACGUAAUGUUCAGGAAAAACAAGAGCAAUGUAACUGCUAUAAACACAAGAGUAUAUGAACUUGUCAACACUUUAAAUAUGAUUUUCAGAAUUCUGAAUAUUCAUCUAGCACUGAUUGGCAUAGAAAUUUGGUCCAACGAAGAUCAGAUUGAUGUGCAGCCAGCGGCAAGUGUCACUUUGGACUUAUUUGCAAGAUGGAGAGAAACAGAUUUGCUGCCACGCAGAAGGAAUGAUAAUGCUCAGUUACUCACGGGCAUUAACUUCGAUGGACAAACUAUAGGAUUGGCUUAUAUGGGCGCCAUCUGCCAGCCAUAUAAUUCUGUAGCAAUUGUUCAGGAUUACAACAAAUUCACAGGUAGUGUUGCAUCUGCAAUGGGCCAUGAGAUGGGUCAUAAUCUAGGCAUUGAUCAUGACACAGCCUCCUGUAUUUGCCAACCUAACGCAUGCAUUAUGUCUCCAGUGCUACAAUUUGUACCUUCCUAUCAGUUCAGCUCCUGUAGUCGGACCGAACAUUUUAGUUAUCUUAUUAAUAACAGACCACAAUGCAUUCUCAACCAACCCUUGAGCACAGAUAUUGUUGCACCUGCAGUUUGUGGAAAUUACUUUGUGGAGACCGGAGAAGAAUGUGAUUGUGGCUCUCCUCAGAAUUGUCGAAGUACCUGCUGCGAUGCUGCAACUUGUAAGCUGAAACCUGGGGCACAGUGUGAAGUUGGAGAGUGUUGUGAACAAUGCAGAUUUAAGCGAGCAAGAACAGUGUGCCGGGCAGCAAGGGAUGACUGUGACUUUCCUGAACUCUGCACUGGCCGAUCUGCUGAGUGUCCUACAGAUCGCUUCCAAAGGAAUGGACAACCAUGCCAAAACAACUUGGGUUACUGCUACAAUGGGAAAUGUCCCAUCAUGACAAAUCAAUGUAUUGAUGUUGUGGGGCCAGAUACAACAGUAUCUCCAGAUAAAUGUUUUGAGAGUAACAUGGAUGCGAAAGAUUAUAGAUCCUGCAGAAUGGAAAAUGGUAUACACAUUCCAUGUGAACCACAGGAUGUAAAGUGUGGCAGGUUAUACUGCAAACAGAUAUCAAGUGGAGACGUGACUGAAUGUCGUUACAGAUUUUCAACAGAUGAUCUGAAUUAUGGAUUUGUUGAUCCUGGAACAAAAUGUGGAGAUGGAAAGGUCUGCAGCAACAGGCAUUGUGUUGAUGUGAAGACAGCCUACUGA